UUCUCAUCUGAUCAACCAUGUCGAUGCGCGAUUUGACACACGAACGCAUCAUGGACGGCGUCAUCCGCCGCAUCAAGCCGGAAAACAACUUCAAGAUCCUCGUGCUGGACCAUCUCUCCACGCGCGUCAUCUCGUCCGUCUGCAGGAUGUACGACAUCAUGGACGAAGGUGUCACCCUUGUGGAGAACAUUGCCAAGAAGCGCCGUGCAUUCCGCCAGUACGAGGCCAUCUACCUCGUCUCGCCGACUGAGCAGUCGGUGAAUGCCAUCAUUGCCGACUUUGACAAGCAGCACGUCUCUGAAGUCCAGUACAAGAAGGCGCACAUCUUCUUUACAUCCAUGUGUCCCGACGCGCUGUUCAAGAAGCUCUCUAGCUGCAAGGCGCUCGUGCAAUUCCUCGGCACAUUGGAGGAGAUUUACGUCGAGUUCUUGCCCGCCGAGUCUCAGGCCUUCAGCUUGGACUCUCCCCAGAGCUUCCAUUCGUUCUACAGCCCCCAUUCUGCGAACGUUGAUCCCGCUCAGCGCCGCAUUGCCGACCAAAUCGCGACACUUUGUGCAACCCUUGGCGAAAACCCCGUCAUUCGCUACAGCACCACCAACGAGCAGAACAUGACUUUGGCCACCUAUGUCCAGGCUCGCAUUGAUCAGUACCUUGCCGCCGGCUCCAUCGUUCCGACCUCCUCGAAGCGAUCCCAGCUCUUCCUUGUGGACCGCAGCGUGGACCUCGUCUCGCCGAUGCUGCAUGAGCUGACCUACCAGGCGAUGGCAUAUGAUUUGCUGCCCAUCGUGAACGAUGUCUACGAUUUCAAAUUCUCCACUGGAAACGGCCGUACAGAAACCAAGCCAGUCAUCAUUGGCGAAUCCGACCGCCUCUGGCCUGACCUGCGUCACCGCCACAUUGCUGACGCCAUCCGCGAUGUGUCGGACGGUUUCAAAAAGUUCCUGUCGCAGUCGAAAGCUGGUGCGUUGAGCAAGACUGAAAAGGUGUCGCUCGGCGAGCUCAGCGAGGCGCUCAAGGAAAUGCCCCAGCACCAAGACCAAAUGCAACGUUACUCGCUGCAUGUGCACAUUGCCGAGCGCUGCAUGGAAUUCUUCAAGGAGCUCCAACUCGAAUCCAUUGCGCGUGUUGAGCAGAACAUGGUUAUGGGCGAGGAUGAACACGGCGAACCCAUCAAGAACAUCAUCCCCGAGCUGGUUCCUCUAAUGCAGGACUCGAAGAUUUCUCCCGAAAACAAGCUUCGCUUGCUGACCGUGUACACCCUCACGCGUGAGGGUCUGCUCGACAGCGAGCUACAAAAGUUCAUGGAGCACUCGAAUCUCCCGCCAAAGCUCCGCAAGGCCAUGGAGAAUUUGAUCUAUCUCGGCGCCGCCGUGUCGACUAACGACAAGCGCACCCUCCGCAAGUACAAACGCCGCGAGCGCUCCGAGGAAACCUCGUACGCGCUGUCGCGAUGGGUUCCCGUGCUGAAGGACAUGCUCGAGGAUAUUCUCGAAGACAAGGUCGACAAGAACUUCUUUGCCUCGGUUCGCGAUGAAAAUGUUGACUCGUCCGCAGACGCUGGUGCUGCAGCUUCCGUUCGCAGCACAAAGAGCGGCUGGGCCAAGACCAACAAGGACAAGCGAGAGGGCAAAGACGCUGCUUCCUCUUCUCGCAAGACGAGCGAAACCAAGACCGGCCCUCGCCUCAUCGUCUUCUUCAUGGGCGGCAUCACCUACUCUGAGCUUCGCGCUGCAUACGAAGUCAACGACAAGAGCAAGCGCGAGAUCAUUGUUGGUGGCACGCACUUUACGACCGCAAACCAAUACAUUGAGAAUCUUGGGUCGUUGGACAAGGCGGCCGAAGCAACAGCCGACUCGACUGUUUUGAACAUGGAAUAGUCCAAUCGCGAUGAGGCUUUCCGUCGCUCUGUGUCCAGUUCGCUUUUUCGUCACAAUGUUGCAUCCGACGCUUGUUAAAAGAAAAAAAAAUAUAAAAACCAAAUUCUUUGUCA